GCGCCAGAGCUCCAGCCUGUGCUCUAAAGUUGAAGACUCGAGCUCCAGCUCAAUACUGCAGCUACUUCGGCAGACCACUGUGCGAAGCGUCAAAUCACCAUGUCGGAACCCCACCACGCGCCGACCUUGAGGUCUGCAAAGAAAGAGGACCCCGCUCCUCCUGCCCGUCUGCGCUGGCUCGCUCUGGACAGGACCCCACUACUUUUUUGCCUCUUUUUCCUCGUCCUCGCCGUUCAUAUUGCUUCCUCCUCUUCCCAACCCAAGUCACAGAGUCCCGUCUCGACAUUCACAUCACCAAUUCCUACCUCAAUACCCCAAGUCACCCCAGACUCCUCUCCAUCCACAAUGUCUUCCACCGAGCAGACCUUCAUUGCUAUCAAGCCCGAUGGCGUCCAGCGUGGCCUGAUCGGCCCCAUCCUGUCUCGCUUCGAGAACCGUGGCUUCAAGCUUGUCGCCAUCAAGCUCACCACCCCCGGCAAGGAGCACCUCGAGAAGCACUACGAGGACCUCGCUGGCAAGCCCUUCUUCGCUGGCCUCAUUGAGUACAUGAACUCUGGCCCCAUCUGCGCCAUGGUCUGGGAGGGCCGUGAUGCCGUCAAGACUGGCCGCACUCUCCUCGGCGCCACCAACCCCCUCGCCUCCGCCCCCGGCACCAUCCGUGGUGACUUCGCCAUCGAUGUCGGCCGCAACGUCUGCCACGGCUCCGACUCCGUCGAGAACGCCAAGAAGGAGAUUGCUCUCUGGUUCAAGGAGGGCGAGACCGUCAGCUACCAGGCUUCCCAGUUCAACUGGAUCUACGAGAAGGCCUAAGCGUCUCGUAUCCGUAGCUUUCCGAAACAGUCUUGCAGGUCACAAAUAUCGGA